AUGGGGAAAAUGGUCAGCGAGGAAAUGGCCACGGAUCCGGCGGUUACGGAAAAGGUGGAGCUAUCGCGAUUCGGAGAAUUUUGCCAGCGACACGGCAUCAAUCCCAACCUGAUAAUGCUGAAGAUAACUCUUUUCGUGAUGUAUGGCGCCACCUCGUCGCUUUUGCCCUACCUGACGAUUCACAUGCAGUCGAUUGGACUCACGGUGGAGGAGAUUGCAAUUAUCUACCUGGCCCUGCCCUUCACCACUUUUCUUAGCCCGCCCAUAACAGGCUUCCUCGUUGACAAAUUUGGCAAAUACAAACCGGUCGUUGUGAUGAGUCUGCUCCUGAAUGCGAUUUUCCAUCACUCGCUGCUCUUUAUACCGCAGCAGGAGAUUCCGGGCGUGGUGCCAUCGGCGUUCGUAUUGAGACAUCCAGACAGCGGUGAUAUUGAGGUCUGGUGGUCCCCGUGUCCGAGUCGAGAAUGUCCGGAGGAACCGGAGCUGGAAUUGGCCGUGCAUCAGUGCGUCGACUAUUGUUUGAUGCAGGAGCAAGUUAAUCCAAAGCUUUACACGAAUAACCCGGCGUACGAUGUCCGUCCGGGCACCACGUCAACCAGCCAGAGACCCCAGCUAACAGCAACCACAGCAAGGACGACCACAAUGGAACCCUCCUCCGAAUCGAGCUCAUCGCCAGCCCCAACCACAUCGACCACCACAUCGCCGGCGUCAUCAUUGCCAGCAUUAUUCGCAACGCAAACGAGGAGCAGAUACCAAGAAGUACUUAAUAUGUCAUCGACCAUGUUCCCGCCAAUGUCCCAGCUGAAGGAGGUGGGUCUGGGUCGAGGUCUGGAGCCCGGCCAGUCAUCGUCAGCCGAACUGUCAGCCAUGUCCAUGCAGGGAUUGAAUUUGACCGAUAGUAGUCAGCAGAAGUUGGCUUGGAGUAGUUGGGUGCAUUCUGAUAGUGAGGAUGCCACGUACUUCAUGCUGCAAAUGCAUCCCGAUCUCGCCGAUCCCACCGAGCAACUGGGCAUGGAGAUCGAACAGGAUGCCAAUGAGACGGUUACCGAUAUCCUGCAGAGAUUUGGUCAGGACUAUCUGGUCAGGGGUAAAAUAAACCUCACCGAUAUGGAUGAUCUGGAUUUGAGGUGUGGCGGCUUGGUUCGUCGCACGAAUAUGACACACUUGGGAUCCGGAGCUGUAAAAUGCAUGAUGCAACGCUGUACCUUUACCAUGAAUGCUCCGGAAAUUUGUCCACCGGACUAUAAAGAGACCGAUGAGAUCAUUUUCUGGGUUUACUUCUUGCUGAGAUUCUUGGCCACCACCAUGCUGUCAGCCGGAGUAACCAUCAUGGAUCCGAUUGCCCUGACAAUGAUUGAGAAGUACGGUGGCGAUUUCGGACGCGAGCGAUUGUUUUCCAGCAUCGGCAUGGCCAUAUUCUCUCCGAUAACGGGCAUUAUGAUUGAUUACUCCUCGAGGGGUCUGGGCUAUACGGACUAUUCGGCAGCCUUCUAUACGUACGAUGUGUUGUUGGUAAUAUCCACAAUGUCGGUGCUGAUGAUGCCCCUUGGCGAGAAACUGCCAGCUGAUAAUGUAUUCCGAGAUCUAUGGAACCUGCUCAAAAUGCCCCAUGUGAUUGCCUUUAUUUGCUUCCUAUUUGUGCUGGGCAAUUUCUGGGGUUUCAUCGAAAGCUUCCUAUUUCUGUACCUCAAGGAACUGGGAGCUCCAAACUAUCUGCUGGGUAUUACCAUCACCGUGGGCACCGUGAGCAGUAUACCAUUCCUGUAUGGAGCGGAGAAAAUCACACGAAUCUUUGGGCACGUUAAUUUGAUUAUCAUCGCUUUCUUCUCGCAUGCCGGUCGUUUGGUGGGCUACUCCUUCAUCGAGAAUGCCUGGUGGUGUUUUCCGUUCGAGGCCAUGGAGUCGUUAUCCUGUCACCUUAUGUGGGUGGCUGCGGCGACCUACUGCUCGAUUCUGGCCCCGAAAAGUUUACUGGCGACCCUGAUUGGUGUUCUGGGCAUGGCUCAUUUCAGUUUGGGACGCGGCAGUGGUAGUUUUACUGGAGGACUCCUCAUUGGUCAGUUCGGCACUCGAGAUGCCUUUCGUUACAUGGGUCUUCUUGCAGUGGUGGGAGGUAUUGCCUAUGGCCUACUCCAUCUGAUUUGGCUGCGCAAAUUCGAUCAUACUACCGAGGAAUCCGAGGAGGAGGUUGAGCAAGUGGAGGCCGGAGAAACGGAGAAGCUCACCGAACCGGCCACAAAGGAGCAGGGCACUUCGAUGUCCUUGGAGCGGCUGAGUUUGAUGAUUAAAUACAAUCAGAUUGGCAGUCUGUCAUCGCUGCCGAGGGGCUCGCGGGCCGAUAUCCAUGACCAUCUGUCGGUGCGUCGCAGCAGCUACAACGUGGAGUCCUUGAGGGGGGUUCCCCGGCACGGGAACAUUGGGAGUGCCUCCAAGGUGGAUAUCCUGCGCUCGGCACUGGAGAUUAAUCACAAGUCCUCGAACAAUUCAAUGCUGAGCAAGGCCGAUAACAAGACGUCGAAUCAACCAUUGGGUCGCAAUCGGGCCGACAGUGCCCCCAAAUUGAAUCACACAAAUCUGAAGAACAUUUCACAGCCAGCCCUUGAGGGCGUGGUCCUGGAGGGCGUGGAAUCAACAUUUUUUCCCAGCCGCAUGAAAAAGUAUCCAAGUGGUUUGUUAACUUCAAUACCCGCUGUGGAUUUAUCCGUAAUACCCAGCUCCAUGUUAAUGGAUCAGGAGGGUCGAAAGGUCAUUCCUGAGGAGACGGAGUUGCAUGCCUCGAAGACCACUGUGAAUUUGGGGGAGGAGAAGGCGGAAUCUCCACAACAGCAACAACAACCACAACAGCAAGCAAAUGGAAAUGGGAAAAGUCCGCCGCAGCAGCAGGAUGAUGAAAAAUCCGAUGCCACUUGAUGGACUGCCAGCCCAAUUCUCUGACCUGCCACACGUGGCGUAUGAGUGAUAUUAAUAAACCAAAUGCGAGGGGAAUUGAAGAGAAUAAUAAAAUUGAUAAACGAAAACUAUUGUUUAGUUGUACAUGUGUGUGUUAUGUUAUAUAAAUGUAUAUGUCUAUUGUAUAAAUUAUGCAAAAAAAGGAAAAACUGAAUAAACCAAAAUGUUGUUGAAAACACAAA